AUGCCGUCGUCAUGUCGACUCUGGUGUUCACAGGCUCACGUUCGCCCCUUGCUGGCGACGUGCUCGAGCCCACUGGAGCACCUCGACAUCAGGAACUGCAGCGACCAGACGGUGCGCGGCCUGGGGACGGUCGGGUUCGCCAGCCUGCAGCACCUCGUGCUGACGUGCGCCUUCGGCCACCGGCGCUGGAACUUCCACUCGCUGGACUCGGCGCUGGCGGGACUCCCACAGCUGCGCUCCCUUCACAUCCUGGGCCUGCGCAGCCCCCGCCCGCCCGACGUGCUUUCCUGCCUCUCGGCCGCCUCCAUGCCCAACCUCAGCCUCAUCCUCUUCACCGACAGCUUCACGUCGGCCGGCUCCUUCGACUCCGAAGUGGACUCGGACGAAGACGCCGACCUGCUAGCGGACUAUUUCGGCUCCCCAGUCUGCCAGGACCUGGUGCGGCGCGCCCCGCAGCCGCUCCACGUGGUCGCCAGAGUGAGCUGGUUCGCGAGCGAGGCCCCGUACGGGUGCGUUGUGUUCUUCAAGCACUCCACGGCCGAUGCCGCCGUAGUGGCGUGCUCGCUGUGCGACGAAGCGAACGUCGCACUAGUCAUGCGCUCUGGCACGGGCACUAAGAUUCAAGAGCGUGUUCAAGUCCAAUAGGACUCGUGCAAACUGUGACCACUGAGCUCCUACAAAUAUUUUAUGAUAAAGAUUGAGAAAGAAAUAUGUUCGUUUGGUGUUCUCGUUUGCCAGUGUACUCGUGGAGUAUUUCUCAUCUCAUGUCGGGAUGGUACAAAUCUAGUAAUUAUAGAGAUAGAUUGUUUCAAAAUAACCCCCUCCCCCCUUCGAAUAUGAGCAAUUUUAUCUUAUCCUUUUAUUUUAUCUGAUUCGAAUGAUUCAUGUCCACUGUAGGCUGGACCUCUUGGUACAAGAUCAUCUUCAAUUUUUAU